UGUAACACAAUUUACGCAUGCGCACUUGUCCAUGUGCGAUGUCGACGCAGGAGAAAAGAGUAGUCGAGGUUUAGUGGAAUUUAUGCGAUAAUCGUGUUUUUGCGGUUGAGGAAGCUACUUUGAUCGUGUAAGACUGUUGUUACGUUGUCUGUUCCGAGGAUGAUUUCAACCUGCUAGUGUUUUGGCGUUUACCAAGUGGCGUUUGUUUUGCUGGCUAGCUAAACAACCAAGAGCAACGUUGUUAUCCAGCUAACUUGACUUAAAAGUUAUUGCGCUUUUAAUAGACCUUUAACAUUUUACACUCUGAGUUAAUGCACCGAUCUGUAGAAUAGACGUACCUACUGAUGGGGGAAGAAAUCAUGUCUGCACCCUCAGACAAAUGACACGUUCGCUCAAUUUCGAUGAAGACGUUUGAACCGCUGCACUCAAUAGCUAACGUUAGCUCUCUUUAUUCGACCUGUGGAAUAAUGUGACUGCAGUCCUGUACAAACAGAAUGGACAGAGACCUUUUGAGGCAGUGUCUGACCUAUCACGGAGAAUCCUUUUUCAACAAGCUGAAAUGUGAACAAACGGAAAACCCAGACUUCCAAGCUGUGCUGUCUGACCUGUGCAAGGUCUCGUGUGAAAGCAAGAGUGAUGAGCAGGACAGCCCGCUUGUGGAGCAGUUCAUUGCCCGAAAGGCCGACAUUCUGUUCUGUCCGGCGUGGAAGACCACCACUCAUCAAGAAGAGGAACAUGAGGAGGAGGACGACGCUGCAGAGCCGUAUGCCAUCAUGCCGCCUCUGGAGUUAUUCAUGGAGGUGUCUUUUGAAGAAAGACGAGCCAUGAUGUACAGGGACUUGGAAAAAGGAGACAUUUUGGUGGGGAGGAUCAACAACAUUAGAGAAUACGGCUUCUUUCUCACUCUGCUGUGCACAGCAGGAGGACUGAAGAGAGACAUAGAGGACCUAGAGCUCUCGGCUCUUUGCCACAUCAGAGAAAUUCCCUCGACUGGCAGCCAUGAUGAUCCUCUGUCCUACUUCCAGAUCGGGGACUUCAUCAGAGCUGCAGUGAAAGAUAUCGACCGCUACCAGGAGAAAAUCACAGUCUCCCUCCUCCAGGCCUCUCUUUCUCCCAACUUGGAGCACAUUAAAUUGGGCGUUGUUCCUCGGGAGGAGCUGCCGAUACACUACCGCCGUAGCGUCGAUGCAGCCACUGACUCCAGUGAGACCUAUGAAUGUUUACUGAAGAGUUGCCAUGGCUACCACAACCCAUCUGUUGUGGCCUACCUGCUCGAAAAGGUGGGAGUCAGUGACACCCACCCUCCGUCAAUGAUGAGAGGACUGCAAAGCAAACUUUUUCAAGAGGAAGAUUUUGCCUCUGCAAUCAGGAAGAAACAGUCUGCAUCAUGGGCCUUGAAGUGUGUCCGUGCAGGUGUGGGCUACUUCAAACAUGGCCACCACGUUGAAGCCAUGAAUGAAUACAACAAAGCCUUGGAUAUUGACGCUAAUAACGUAGAAGCACUGGUGGCUCGUGGAGCUCUGUAUGCUAACAAAGGCAGCAUCGUGAAGGCCAUAACAGACUUCGAACUGGCCCUGAAGAGCUGCCCAGAUCACCGCAACGCCAAGAAGUACCUGUGCCAGACGCUGGUGGAGAGAGGAAAACAGCUUGAGGAACAAGAGAAGCUGGUAACAGCAGAGGGAUUGUACAGGAGAGCGCUUUCUCUCGACGGCUCAAGCCCUGAGGCGCAGGAAGCCUUGCACAAGAUCACAGAUACCAUACAGAAAUCAAUUCGCCUGCGAGAAGAAGCGCUGGCUAAGGAGCAGGAGAAAGCUACGAGCAGCCAGAUCAGUGCUGAGAAAUUGCGCAAGAUCUUAAAAGAGGAGAAGAGUCAACGUCUUCUUCACAGGAUGAAGAAAAAACGGAAGAGGUCGGCGACAUCCUCCUCCUCAUCCACCACUUCCUCCAGGAACUCCUCUCCGUCUUCGUCCUCCUCCUCUCGCACAAGGUCCAGAAAGAAGAAAAAGAAGAGGAGGAGGUCCGAGCGGGGAAGUAAGCGCCGUGGCAGGAUCUCCUCACGGGAGAGCAGGAGGUGUAAGGAGGGUAAGAGCGAGAAAGACAGGGCGGUGAAAGAGGAGGACGAGGUGGAGUGGUAUCCCGCUCCUCCUAACACCUCCGCCACCUUUCUCGACCAGAAGGGAGGCCCGGGUUUCGGGGAGAGGGACGGGGGGGACGAGGUAAUGGUGAAGGACGCUGACGAUAGGCGUAUCUCUCAACUGUACUCCUUGUCUGCAGCCUCAGAGGACGAACAGUCGGACUCCUCACGCAGGGACAGUAAGAGAAGGGACCGAGGCGAGAGCAGGGGAAAGAGGAGGAAAAACAGUCUGAGCAAAAGCCUGGAAAGAGAGGAGAGCAAAGACGGUAGUGAUAACAGCAGGGAGAGGGGUAGGGAGCGUAACAGGGAAGACCGGAGGGACAGCGACUCCAAGAGAAGUAGCUCGGGCGAGGACAGGAAGCGGAAGGUGUCCUGCUCGUCCACAGAGUCUGAGUUCUCACGGAAAUCCAGUUUCAAAUCUGAAUAUUUAGGCAACUCGGGUUCUGCAUCAAAACACGCAGAGAGAGGGAUGAGAUGUGACUCCUCCAGGAGGAACUCCUUGGAUUGCAGAGGGCAUGAGGGGAGAGGGCGGGAGGAGCUCCAAGAGUUAAUAGAGGGAAAGACAGAGAGGGACAAUAGAAAGGGGAAAGUAGUGGACGGCAGCAACCGGUCAGAGGCUGGAAAUCACACCACACCGGGUAGUUUGACCUCAGGGCCAGAAGGGAGGGCUAAAAAAGACCUCCCAACGAACCUGCUGGAUAUUUUCAAUCAAAUCGCUCAGUUUAAAAAGGAGAAAGGAGCCGGGCCAAAAUAAUAACUGGAAACCAAAAGUCCAAAAGGUGACUAAAUAUUAGUGAAAUGAGACCGUGAAAUGUGGUUGUUGCACCAUGACACCAUAAAUUCUGGACUGUGUAUCAAGCUGAUUGAAUGUUGUCAGUUGUUGUACUUUUUGUUGUUAGAAUGUUUUCAUUUGACUUUGAAAAGUCUUUUUAGAUUAAAGGCCUGUGAGCAACUGUUGUGCUCACAAUGUGUUACGAUGUUCAUCUGCAUUUGUUGAAGAAUUAAUGAUGCUCCAAAUAUUAUUAUUAAAAUUAUGGCCGUGCUCAUUUCCCAGUUAAAGCUAUGACAUUAUUCAACACAUGUGAUGUCACAUCAGUUAUUACAGGCUUUCAUAUCUAUUUUGUGUUCAUCUUAAGUUGAGACCUUUAUCUGUUGGAUAAGAUGCUGCCUGAUGUUUACUGCCUUGUGCCAUUUUGUGCAUUCUCUCAACCUUUUUAAGAGUCACUCAAUGCAGAUGUUCCAGCUGCAACAACCUCUGUUGAAUCAAUAAAACAUCGAAGAUAUCCA